GCAUUGAAUGGAUGGAUGCCUGGAAGAGAUCCUGAAAUGCCCUCCCUGGUCGACUCUCAUGCUGCCCGUCCGAAUAUUCCACCGCCGGCAGGCGCGGCACACACUGGAUUCGGAGGGGCUGGAAACGAUAGCGGAGGUAUACAUGAUGCAUUUCCAGGAUUUAGUCAGCGUCCAAUCGGUGCCCCAGGCGCCACACCAGUGUGGCCAGUCCAAAAUUUGAACGGAUGGACUUCAUUAUCCGAUGAACUCUCGCCGCUGAACUUUCCUCAGACACCAGGAUGGGGACGCCAGACGCCAGACUGGGGAGCAGCAUCGGAUUCGUGGCAGGGACCGCCAGCUGGAUCCUGGGGCGGCGGUAUGCCUGGUACACCUCAUCCUCGACAAGGUCGUGCAGUAACGCCCAACAAUGGCUUCUUCAGCACAGCAUGGCAACCACCGGAGACGACUACACCUAAUACCUUAUCCGGUCAACCAGUGGGCGAUGGAUGGUUUAGCGCCAGUAAUAAUCAGACUGCGAAGAGCCCUUUUAUUAUGCCAAUCAGUCCAUCCAGAUCGUUCGGAGACGGCUGGGGAGCUAUCGAUAAUGGUGGGCCUCCCGUAUCUGCCACCCUUCCGAUGCCGCAAUCUCCGUCAACCGAGGACGGUUACAGGAUGAAGCGAUCUCUGACUUGGGGUCCAGUUGUGGGAAAGAAGGCCAAGUCAAAGUCCAGGAAAUGGUACCCGCACGGAGACAUUGAUGAGUUGAAUCCGGCACAGCGACCAAGAGACUGGAGGGCGGACUUUGAGAUGAGACCAUCAUUCAUCAGGCUCAGCUUAUCCAAGAAUCGCUCUGAUGUGCAAGAGAGUAACGACCCAGAGCGACGGAUCUUGCACGGCCUUCUCGCAUACGAUGCUCCCGCUCCCUCAAUAUAUCUUGAUCUCCGAACGAAUCCGUUUACACAGCCUGCCAUGUUCUCUCACCUCGGUCGGGCGUACAACCAGAUAGACCUGAUGCAGAUUGCCACGAAUCCACCUGCGCCGUUCAUGCGCCUGUACCAUGCCCGCUAUCCGUGGUACGUGGACGUAUACGCGUCGAACCCAAAUGGCGUAACAAUCUACGACAUUCUUAUGCAGCUACACGUGCAGAUGAUGAUGCCGAUUGAAAGCCGGCAUUAUUAUUGUGAGGACGUACGGAGUAAAGAGAGGGAGCUGCUCGGCGCAGCGUAUACCUCCAGAUGUCAUGGAGAUAAAGAGACCAUGUCGAGAGGAGUUGUGAGGGUAGAUUUUCUAGGCAUGGAAGGUCGGCUAUUGCUACAGGGUCUGGUGAGAGGAAGGAACGGGAUGUGGGAGAUGAAGAUUGCCAAGAUUGACUCAUGAAUGCUGUUGUACGAAUUUUCCCUUUUCACUGAUACUACUAACCCAUCUGCAUUGGAAUAUGUACUGUCCUCAUCUCGUCUUACUUGGUUUAUUGUUCUUCUAUCACUCUGUAUCACUUAUCUAUUUUCUCCAUCGCAUCAGAUAUAUGUUGUAUUUUAUAUAGACCACAUAAUUUGAGGUAUCAUUUUUGAACUGA